GUGGGUCGGAGAAGGGGCCUGACACGGUCACAAUAAUGGAGCAAAUAAAAAUCAAAUUAUAUAUCACAUUGCUUCUAGCCACUACCAUAACAUGUGGUGAAGGUAGUGUACUUGAUGAUCUUAAAGAAGCUUACUAUAGAACUUCUAGUCCUUCUUUACAGCAAUUUCUAGAAGAUGAAACACCAUACCUUUCAAAAAUACUAGGUAGACAUAAUAUUCCUAAUUUGGGGCAAAAACAUGAGACAUAUCAUGAUAAUAUAAUCCCACCAACAGACGAAUAUUUAAGUAACGGCCCAAGCAAUUCUAUUUAUGACAUAUCUGACGAAAGAAUACAGCAUAAUGAUAAUCUACUUACAGAACAGCAUUAUGAUCCUCGAUCUAUAAAACAACAUUAUAAUCUUCCUCCUCCAGAACAGAAUUAUAACCCACAACCUGCAGAAAAACGUUAUAAUCCUCCUCCAGCAGAACAGACUUAUAAUUCUCCUGCUCCAGAACAGCUUCUUAAUCCUCAUCCUCCAGAACAACGUUAUAAUCCUCCCUCUCCAGAACAGCUUCAUAAUCCUCUUCUUGCAGAACAACGUUAUAAUCUUCCUCCUACAGAACAGUUUUAUAACCCUCCUUCUACAGAACAGAUUAAUAGUCCUCCUUCUACAGAACAGCGUUAUAAUUUUCAUCCUGCAGAACAGAUGUAUAAUCCUCAUCCUGCAGAACAGGGUUAUAAUCCUCCACCUAUAGAACAGCUUUAUAGUCCUCAUCUUGCAGAACAGCGUUAUGAUCCUCCUCUUACAAAACAGGUUUAUAAUCCUCUUCCUAAAGAACAGCGUUAUGUUUCUUCUCCUACAGACCAGCAUUAUAAUCCUCCUCCUCCAGAACAGCUUUAUAAUCCUCAUCCUGAAGAACAACGUUAUAAUCCUCAUCCUGCAGAACAGGGUUAUAAUCUUCUACAUGCAGAACAGCUUUAUAGUCCUCUUCCUGCAGAACAGCGUUAUAAUCCUUCUCCUUCAGAACAAAAUUACAAUUCUUAUCCCGCAAAACAAUAUUAUAAUUUUCCUCCUACAGAACAAGUUUAUAAUCCUCGUCCUCCAGAACAAAAUUAUAAUCUUCAUCUUGCAGAACAGGGUUAUAAUCUUCUACAUGCAAAACAGCUUUAUAGUCCUCUUCCUGCAAAACAGCGUUAUAAUCCUUCUCCUCCAGAACAAAAUUACAAUCCUUAUCCCGCAAAACAAUUUUAUAAUUCUCCUCCUACAGAACCAAUUUAUAAUCCUCGUCCUCCAGAACAAAAUUAUAAUCUUUAUCCUGCAGAACAACAUUAUAAUCUUCCUCCUACAGAACAGCUUUAUAAUCCUCUUCCUGCAGAACAGCGCUAUAAUCCUCUUCCAACAAAACAUCGUUAUAAUCCUCAACCUGAAGAUCUGCAUUUUGAUCUUCUACAUAUAAAACCUCCAUAUAAUCUUCCUCUUACACAAAAGCGUAGUAAUCUUCCUCCUAUAGAAUCUACAGAAAAAGAUGAUGAUUCUCUACCUGUAAAACAGGAUUAUGAUCCUCCUCUCACAGAACAACACUAUGAUCUUAUUCCUAUAGAAUCUACAGAACAGCAUAAUAAUCCUACUCCUACAGAAUCUAUAGAACAGCAUAAUAAUCCUAAUCCUACAGAAUCUACAGAACAGCAUAAUGAUCCUACUCCUACAGAACAGCAUUAUAAUUCUACCCCUACAGAACCUACCGAACAGAAUAAUGAUUUUUCUCCUCCUCCUACAGAACAACAUUAUAAUUCUCCACCUUUGAAAUCGAAUUUACUUCCUCCUCAUAGAGAACCGCCUUAUCUUGUUCCCUAUCCUACAGAUCAUGAUGAUUAUGAUUCUAUACCUAAACAGCCUUAUUAUUCUUCUCCAAUAGAAGAGUUCCAUAAUCCUCCUAGAGAAAAGCACUAUAACCCUUUUCCUAGAAAACCGAAUAAUGAUUUUUCUCCUCCUCCUACAGAACAACAUUAUAAUUCUCCACCUUUGAAAUCGAAUUUACUUCCUCCUCAUAGAGAACCGCCUUAUCUUGUUCCCUAUCCUACAGAUCAUGAUGAUUAUGAUUCUAUACCUAAACAGCCUUAUUAUUCUUCUCCAAUAGAAUAGUUCCAUAAUCCUCCUAGAGAACAGCACAAUUAUCUUUAUCCUGGAAUACAGCAUCAUGAUUCUUCUCCUCCACAACAGAAUAAUAAACCCCUAUCUAUAAAUAAGCGUUAUGAUCCUCCUUCCACAGUGAGGAAUUAUGAUCCUCUACCUGUAGAACAUUUUGAUCCCCUACCUACAGAACAGCAUCCCGAUCACCAAGAAAUCUAUAAACUAAUGAAUAAUCCUGAAAACGUACAAACAGGUAUUAUCGGUGUAUCGGAUUCUGCCCAAAUACCCAAACUUGUGCCAGUUAUCGGUGAAAAUGUAAAGAAAAUUAAAACAUUGCCGAGUGAGUUGCGGCCGUUACACAUUAAAGGUGAACCAGAUUUAUUCAACAGACAUCGGACUGAUACAAACUAUUGGCAACCAAAAAUAUACCAUGCGAUUGUAAACCAUGAUGUCAUACCAAACAGAAUCAAUAACAUAGACUGUUUGUAGAGACUAGAUCAGCAUUUGUUCCAGUUUGAAGUGGUUCAAAAUACAGAGUAUGAAAGACUCCAAGAAGUAGGCCUCGGUAUUAUAGUAAAUAUUUAAUGUAAAAACAAAAUAAAUG